AAAUUUUAUUAUUUUCUUUGAGAAGAUAAUAUUUGUUUUUUUUCUUUAUUUUAAAAGAAAAAUAGAAAGUAUUUAUUACGUAUGUAAUUCGUAUAUAUGUAUCUAAUCAAUCAUAUCUAACAAAUUAUUAAAUAUUUAAUUUCUAAAAAUAAAAGUAUAUUUUAUAUAUGUUUGUUGUUAAUUAAAAAGCAUUACCAGUAAGUGAAAAACAACUUCCAUCUUCAUCAAAUGAACAUGAUAUAUCUACUUCAAAUGCUAAACAAACAAUAGAUAUACGUGCUGAUCAAUUACUUAAUAUAACAAUAACAAAAAAUUUCGUCGCAAUCGGAUGA